GGGAGAACAUGGAGGUGCGCAGGAAGCUAGAGGAGUUUUUCCAGGACCCGCAGCUUGACGGGGUCAUUGUUGUAGAGCGGCCGUCUUGCCCCGCCGCUGCCAUCGCCACACAGGUCCCGAAGCCGUCGUGCCGCUCCGCUGCCACACGGAUCCCGGAGCCGUCUUGCCCCGACGCUGCCUUUGUCACGCGGGUCCCAGAGCCGUCUUGCCCCGCCGCUGCCAUUGCCACACAGAUCCCAGACCCGUCGUGUUCCGCCGCUGCCACUGCCAUACAGGUCCCGAAGCCGUCGUGCAGCCCCGCCGCCACACGGAUCCCAGACCGGUCGUGUUCCGCCGCUGCCUUUGACAAGCGGGUCCCAGAGCCGUCGUGUCGUGACGCUGCCACACGGGUUUCCGAGCCGUCUUCCACUGCUGCCAGAGGAGUCUUGCCGCCGUCAUGUUCCUCGACGCCUUCCUUGCCCCCACGGCGGCGGACUCCGCUACCGGAGGGCUGCGCCAUGUUUCAGUGCCGCGGUUGUCGGGCCGUGCUGGGGGACUCGCUGCAUUUGUGCGCGCAGGAACCGCGGCUCGGCGUCCUCGUUUGCUUCAAAGUCACGAACGGCGUGUCGUGGGAGGAUUCGCUGGCGAUCGGCCUCGAGGGAUUCCCCCUGGGAUGUGCUUACUACUCACUAUUCUGUCAGUCAUGCGGCUGGAUCGUGGGCUUCAUUCUUUAUUCUGCUACCAGACACCUGGCCCACCUCCGAGGCUUCUUCUGUUUGUUCAAGGACAGCAUCCUCUGUUACCUCUUAAAGAAACAAAUUACAGUAGAAGCAACAAAUAUGAAUUUUCCUGAUGUGACCUUAAAGAGAAGACUGGAGGAAAUGAAAGAAAAGCUUGUGGGGGUCCAUGUUCGCAUAGAAAUGCUGAUGAAGAAGAUGGAGGAACUAGAACAAAAGUACAACGUGGCAGAAAAGCAAAGUUCUACAUCAGAAGUAGCAGGUCUACCACCAGGAUAUGCAAUAGUCAGUGUCAAUUAGGAAUAUGUAAUUUACAAGAACUGCUGGAGUUGUUUCUGCGUCUCUGCUGACUUUGUUCCUUCUAAUGAAAGCAUUCACAAUGCACCAGAAGAGGUUAGAGCAUUGAGCUGUCACUUUAUCUGUGCAUGGAAAGAACAAUGUAGAAGUGAAUCCCUUCAGACGAAGAGGAACACCUGAAACUAGGACAUACAGAAGUUAUGCUUGGAAAAAUGAAGAGCCUGCCAUUCAGCACAGGGCUCACUGAGACAGUAUAACUGACUUUCUAAUUACUUCAGGGGGAAAAACAGUCUUUGAAAUACUGAAAUCAGGUUUCUGGAAGGAUACAAAACAUACUAAUGGGAUGAUAUUUGAGAGAAACUGUUACAUCCUGAACAUUCUUACAGAGAUCUGAAGUUCCUGUCCUGCCUUUUCAUAUAGAUCCUUAUACUGGUCAUGUCAGCUACCUGUUGUUCAGGUGCCUCAUUAGCUGCAUCUGGUAUGUCAGCAACUAAGUGACCUCCUGAGUAGUUCUAGAUUUGCUUGUGUGUGGCCUGCAAAAGGAGCACGCUAGAGUGUCAGAGAGGCUGUGCCGUGCUUGGUGUGCAAAUCUGGAUGGCACAGUGUUGGCUGGAGCACGAAGUUUUGGAUUUCAAAUCCAAGGGCAACCCACAUACCUGCUAGGUCCUCUGGAAAUGCAGCCCCAUCGCUGCACAAGACUGAGUCGAGUUCUGGUAGCUCCAUGAAGCUUAGGCUAUGAGCAUCUGCCUCUAACAGAUUUGAGCCCUUCUUUCUAGGGCUGAAGCUGCAAAACCAAGAAACAGUCUUGUCAUCUUCAUUUCUGCACAGCUGGGGGAAGUGCUUUGCUGAAGUUGUGAUGGAUCUGCCUGCUACCUUCAUUUGGCCAGUCAAGAUGUUUCAUCAAAAAUACCUAAUGCAUACUUAUUGGCAUGUGUCUGGUUUGAAUAGGUUCUGCUUCUUUCCAAACAUCUAGAAAAUACUUGUAUGCAAAAGGAAGACCACUACUUGCCCCUUGUUACAGGGACAGAAUAUCUUUAUCCCUAAUUCUUGUUAGUUAGAAGAUCAAGGGUCUUCUUCCUCUUACUGACAUUUUAAACCUUCCAUAAAGUUUAGGAGAUCAGCUUAAUUCCAGUGAUUCAUUUUGCCAUCCACUUUUUUUCUGCAUCCCUGUGACUGGCAGAUUGCCCUCCCCCUUGCUGCCAACACAAGUACUUUGUGUGUUUCAGUCUGAAUAGUUGGUAAAAUAACUCCCCUCGUGAGCUUGGAGCAGAGGGGACAGAAACAACUGCAAGGCACCCCAGAGGCUUUAGUUGAGCAGCUGGUACCUCUACUAUUAUUGUCCAACUGUGCUGCUUGCUUUUAUUUAUGAAGAGUUCUGUUUUGUCUCUGUUUUGAUUAAGCAGUAACAUUAGAAUGCCAAGAGCCAUCCUGCAGGGAGACAAGGGGCUCUCUCUCUUAAAAUUCCAAUACUGUCUAUUUAAAUUAAUCUUAUUUUUGCAAAUUUGGCAAGUAUUAAGUACAAAAAUGCAGUGCUUUUCAAUGACAGCUCAAUUCAGGACAAUAACUCUUGGCAGAUCUGUUUCAGGAGAUGCAAUAAUAAAUGUCCUCUACAAGGAUCUCUGUCCUGAACCCCUAAAUGGGAGAUAGCUCUUAACAGUUCUCACUGGCCAUGCACAUAAAACUUUGAUUUGCUGUAUUUGAUAAUUUCAUUUAUUAAGAAGUUGUGUUGUGCAGUGACUUCUGCAUUACAUUCAAGGGCCUCUGGGUCUUCAGCUGGGAUCUUGAGACUAAGCUUAUCUUGUGCAAGCAUCUCCCUGGCUCAGAGAAAUGGUAACUUCACCCUUGUGUUACUUCUUAAGUGACAGCACUUUUGUUGUUGCAUCAGCCUAGGAAAGGUGAUUAGUAACAGGACUGCUUCCUUUUGCCCUUUCCUUCUGAAUUCUGCAUUAGGAGUGGUUCUUUGCUCUUUACUUUACAUCUCUUCUAUGUGUAACUGUGCUCUGUUGUCUCACUCCACUAUUGAAGUGUCCUCCCCUGGAAGGAAAGCUGUCAGUUACAUUUUAAUAUAUAAUCUUUACAGUUGUAAAGAAUAAACUUUUAAACUGAAAAAGAGAGGCAGAAAUUCAGAAAUGUAUACACAUGUAAGCAGAAGACAUGAGUUUAUGACUCACAUGGUAUAUACCUUCUGCUUAGAUUAUGGUUGCUGACAAAUGACUCCCCCAAGUUACCUUGCUUGGGACCUGGGUCUUCAUGAAGCAUUACAUGAAUGCUGCUUGUGUUAUUUAGCAUGAAUCUAAACAAAUAAUGAGGACAUACUAAAUAAUAGCAGGUGAAAUUUUAAACUGUACUUCUGUAAUCUUUGGAAAUGGGAAGACCUUUGCUCUGUUGGGUCAAGCUGUGAUCCUUCCUGUCUGUUGGUCAGAUGAUGUUUUUCCUGGCACUGACCAUCACCUGAUGAAACUGCUGACACCUGCAGCAGUACAGUGUUUUAGGUAAGUUUUGGGUUAAGCAGCAAGCCACAAAAAAGUUCAUUAUCUUCAGCAAUUCAGAAUGAGCAGGUAUUGAGGUAACAACUCAAACCUAUGGGAGCAUCUUAAGUGAUGCUCAUGACCUAUUCCUGAAAGGUUCAGCAUUGGAUCCCACAGCCUGUCCCAGGUUCCAAUACUUCUGAAUUCACAACUUACCAGCGGAUAUUCCUUUGUCAAUCCAGCAUAGACCUCAUCUCUAGCUAGAGGUCUGGAGCGACGCAUUUUAGUUUUAAGUACAGCCAGGGCUGCUCUGGCUUGGGAUUCUCAAUAUCAGCCAUGUAGAAAGCAAGUCUCAAGAUUAGGCCUUCAUCAGGUCAUUUUAUGUUGGCUAACCAGCAUCUGUCUUCACUGCAAUUUAAAGACAAAAACUAGAAAAUGAAGCAAAAUUGAGGUAAUUAAAUGGGCUACAGAAGCAGCAGUCAUACUGUGAGUCUUCUAUAAGCUGGCAAAAGGGUUAGCAAUUCCUAACAUGUUAUGGAACGCAGGGUUGGAAGCAUCAUGUGGGGUUCAGCAGUCCUCAUGUGAGGUGGCAUCGUGCUGCUACGCUACAGCACUUCAAAACUGCUUUCAGCAGCAGCUGCAUGGAAGUCAUGCCUCCCUGCAGGCAGACACAGAGCUUUUCACAAUAAACAAUCUAUACAUACGAAACAGUUUUCUGAGGGGCUUAGUACUUCUAGGGAAUCUGUACUAACAGCAGCAGCUUUCUGCUACCAUCUACAACAACCCUUGAAGCUUUUACCUGGCAAGCUGCCCAUCUUAUUGCAAGUGGAGUAAGUUUUAUUUCAGUUGUCUUCCGAGAAGUUAGAGGCUCUUAUGCCUGAAGCCUGAGGGAACAGCUGGACACAAAGCAGCUAUAAUGCAUGGGUGAGUUUAUCUCCAAUUGCUACAGAGGUAUGGCAGGUAAAAACACAUCUCAGAAGUGAAGCAUAAGGUGCGCUAAGUUGGUGAAUUUGUCUUCUGAACAAAUGACACAUCCAGGGUUAGUGCAUUCUCAGCCUGUGCUGCUUUAUUGCUAAAAAAAUUUGUAUACAGGUGCAGAGUUUCCAAGUUCAUUUUUAAACAGUUCCUCUUUACAGUGUCAAAAGAAUAAAAUCUUAUCUUGAAAUCCUCAAAUAUGCAUAGAUAUAAAAGCAAGCUGCCUUUUGGAAAACAAAACAACAAACAAAUUUGCAGGGAGACAUUCUUUCACUGUUACCAUGUAAAACACGUGUGCAAUGGGAGUACAUAGUUCUAGUGACACCAAUAAUUUCCUCCACUAAUCCAUUUGAGCAUGCUCUCAGAAGUUUAGUAUAAGAAGUAUUUUCUAGCCUAUUUAAGUACUACAGUAAUUUUUCAGGACCUAUAACUAAUACUUCUCCUUUGCUUUCAUACUUUUCAAAAAAAGGAGGAUAUCUUCACUGACAUCUUAAAGAAGCUUAUUGCCCAGGUGUUAUAUUGAAGGGAAUAAGCACUAACAAAGGACACAACUGCUUA